AUUGGCCACAAGGCAGCAAUCGUCAGCAAGCAAGAGCUUUGUUUUCAAACACAUUUAAAUGUAAAAUGUGUGAAACAAAUUUUUCAUCGGGUCUCCAAGAGCGCAUACAGUGUUUACAGGAGCUCACAGAAUUCGCUGAAAGUUGUCAGGCAGAACUGGGGGAUUUGUUUGAGGCGUUGGGAUGGAAUCAGGAAGUAGACACACUUGCAGUGCAGAUGGAGGUUUGUCCAAACAAUCCAAACCACACAGUACCACAGGACAGGAUGGAGAAACACAAAGCUGCCUGUCUUCUCAGCCAACUGGCAUACUCGAAAGAGGAGCAGGCUGAAAUGUGUGAUCCUUCAGUAUACUACGAGAAAGCCAACAUUCCUACCAUAACUAUGGAUAAAGAUAGACAGCAACAAGUCAUCCUGCAGGCCCGAGCCAAUGCUACUCCCAUGAGAUCUACAGGACACUAUGCACAGAGUGAUUUCUCUGCAGAUCCUCCUGAUGUACCCCAGAAUCAUAAACGAGCAAUAUGUGACCUCACGGUGGCCGACCGAUUGGCCCUAUAUGAUCAUGUGGUACAAGAGGCCAGUCAACAGAGUACACGGAGCGAGUACAAAAAUGAGGAUCUUUAUGUAGAUCUUGUUGCUAAGCUUAAAAAAGGUACAUGCAAUUUUUUUCUCUGUCAACACUAAUCCUCACUUAUUAAGAGUAUGCUUUAAUCCAUUAUAUUAGUAUUAGUGGAUCAGUGGCAGAAAUAAAUAAUGUUUUCACCUGAAGUUGCUGGAAUUUAAUUUUUUACCUUUUAAAUGGCAAGUUUCCAGCCAUUUAAAAACACAAAGUGUGUCAUAAUUUGUGUGAAACACUUCAAUUUAAUAAAUUAAUGGGGGAAAAAAAUUCUCAAUUUGAACCACUUUGGCCAUUAUCUCUAUAAAAUGAAAGUAAACAUUAGGCCUAAAAUUUCAAUGAAUAUAAGUAAUUGGCCUGGACUCGCUGAGUCUAGAGGCAGAGCUGCACCAUUGGGCCCAUUGAUUCUGGAAGUGGAGCUGCACAACAAGGCCUACUGAGCCCUGAGCUGGAGCUGCACCACGAGGCCUAGUGAUCCCAGAGGUGGAGCUGCAUCAUGGCUGCUAUUUAAACAAGACAUUGCUCUAUGAAUGCCAAUGUGGCAUUUUAGGUUGCUCUCACAUUAUAAUCUUUCUGGGAAUUUUGUCACCAUUCCCCAUUAUUUGCUGACACUCGUAUGGACAGUAUUUCUUUAGGCAGCACCGUUUACUUGAUGGUACCGUAUAGAUGCUGCAUAAGUAAAGAAUGAUGCAUAACUAUCUGUACUGAAAGCUUUGUGUGAAAUCUAUUCUGUAAAAGAGGAACAAAGUGGACCAAAGUCUCACCUGGAGGUCUUGGCUGAGAUGAGAGACUACAGGAGGCGCCGGCAGUCUUAUAGAGCAAAAAAUGUUCACAUCACCAAGAAGUCUUACACAGAGGUAAUUCGAGAGGUGAUUGACGUGCACUC